AUGCCUAAAACAGAUGUAAUCGGUCAUAAUCUGACUAGAUUUGAAUGUGGGGAAGGCUAUAAAAUCAAAUGUGAUAUUGAAAUGUUAGCUGCUCAAUGUAAUUUAAAUUCAUCCUGUUAUGGAUUUAAUACAAAUGGUUUUUUAAAAUCAUGUGCAUCUGGUUGUGAUGCAAAUUGUUGUUAUGAUGUAACGGAAAAUGUUGAUUUAUAUAUUCGAAAAGGUUUUUUACCACCAGAUGAUUGGCAAAAUGAUAUUAAUUCUGGACGAAUGUUAUAUGCUAAUCCAGAACCACAUUUUUGCUUUCUACCUGAAAUUGCUAAUGGAUAUCUUGGUACUGUUGCAAUGUCAGCAUCAUUAUUUCAGAGUGGAUUAUUUAUUGGAAAAUGUGGAAAUAUUGGAAAAGCAAGAUUACCAUCACCAAUUGGAGGUUCGAUUGUAACAGGUCUACUUAUUGCUAGUGGUUUACAUUUUGAAAAAGCAAUGUUUACACGUCGAUAUGACAUGAAUGAUUCUAUUGUUGAACAUCGAGUUUAUAUUAGUCGAACGGUAUGA